CGGCGGGAGGAGAAGCGCCUGCGCCGCCUGGAGAAGAAGCGAAGGAAGGCGCAGCGUUUGCCGUACUAUGCUACCUACUGCCCCAUACGCCUCCUUAUUCAUUCGGUCUGCACCAGCCACUAUCUGGACAUCUUCAUCACUUUCAUCAUCUGCCUCAACGUGGUCACUAUGUCCUUGGAGCACUACAACCAACCUGUGUCCUUGGAGACCGCCCUCAAGUACUGCAACUACCUGUUCACCACUGUGUUUGUGUUGGAGGCAGCCCUCAAGCUGGUGGCAUUCGGUCUGCGGCGAUUCUUCAAAGACAGGUGGAACCAACUAGAUCUGGCCAUUGUGCUGCUGUCUGUCAUGGGCAUCACAUUGGAAGAGAUUGAAAUCAAUGCCGCUCUCCCAAUUAACCCCACUAUCAUCCGGAUCAUGAGGGUGCUGCGCAUCGCCCGGGUUCUGAAGCUACUGAAGAUGGCCACAGGAAUGCGAGCACUGCUGGAUACGGUUGUUCAAGCCCUGCCACAGGUGGGAAACCUCGGACUGCUUUUCAUGCUCCUCUUUUUCAUCUACGCUGCUCUAGGAGUGGAGCUCUUCGGAAAACUGGUAUGCAAUGAUGAGAACCCCUGCGAGGGCAUGAGCCGCCACGCCACCUUUGAGAACUUUGGGAUGGCCUUCCUCACACUCUUCCAGGUGUCCACGGGUGACAACUGGAAUGGGAUCAUGAAGGAUACCUUGCGUGACUGCAGCCACGAUGACCGGAGCUGCCUCAGCAACCUGCAGUUCAUCUCCCCACUGUACUUUGUCAGCUUUGUGCUCACAGCCCAGUUUGUCCUCAUCAAUGUGGUGGUAGCUGUGCUCAUGAAACACCUCGACGACAGCAACAAGGAGGCCCAGGAGGAUGCAGAGAUGGAUGCUGAGAUUGAGCUGGAAAUUGCACAUGGGCUGUGCUCCCGCAAGUCAGGCUCCCCGAAUUCAGGCCAGGGAAAAGGAGCAGGAACAGGAGGAGGCGGUGGGAGAACAGAUCCUGAAGGACGUCUGUGCAUGAGAUGUUACUCUCCAGCACAGGAGAACUUAUGGCUGGACAGUGUCUCUUUAAUUAUUAAGGACUCCUUCGACGGGGAGUUAAUGAUCAUCGAUAACCUAUCGGGCUCCGUCUUCCAUCAUUACUCCUCGCCGGCCAUGUGCGAGAAGUGUAACCAUGACAAGCAAGAGGUCCAGCUGGCCGAAAUGGAAGCAUUAUCCCUCAACUCAGACAAGUCCUCUUCCAUACUUCUAGGAGAUGAGUCAGACAAUCGCAGCACUUCUCAGCUGAGUCCUCAGGAGAUCAAG